AUGGACCGAAGAUACUUCGAGAUAGAAGUCCCUAACCGGUUGACUAUUUCCGACACUGUCACUCAAGCUGCUUUACUCCCUGAAAGCAGCAUUCUCAGUGCCUUCCACUGCGAAGCGGCGGCUGCUUUAGGAGAGGAGUGCUUAUCAGCUGCCAAAGUUUUCAGUACUUUCGCAGAUGUUGCUCAUACCGAUCCUAUAUGUUAUCUGGGAACCUGGUCUAAUCGGAUGGCCAACAUUGCCAAAUGCUUGGCUGAUAUCGAGGAAUUGUCCUUCCAGCAGGUGGUUGAGUUCUGCUCGGCUCCGGUAGAUCCUAACGAUCCUAUAGUGCUCAGCGGGUUGAGAACCUUCGCCCAGUCCCUAGUAGCAACGAAUCAAGUCCCCCUCCCUGAUAAUAUGGUAUUUGAUGCCCAAACCCCGACAACGGUGUCCGCAGUGUUCCAUCUAGAAAGGAUAUGUCAAAUAUACGAUCUUUAUCUAUGGUUGGCACGAAGAAGCAACCCCUUGGUGUAUAGAUCCGAGAAGGAAGCGCGCGAGGCUCGAGCGGAGGUCGUGGAGGCGAUUACGAAUGCUAUCAGAGGCCAAUUGGAGAUCGAUUCAUCCGAAGACGUAGUCGCCCGGGUUGCCGAACAGUUGAUGGAUGAUGAUCUUCCUGGGAGUCGACGUAAGAUCAGAAGCAUCGAGCUUGGGUCGGUGUCAUGA